AUACAAAAAAUUUUUCUUUGUCAUAUCGAUCAACUACAUAAUGGUAUUUUACAGAACAGAAAUUGAUAAAAACGGCACAGAAAUUGAUAGGAGCGUUUCUUUAAGCUCUACACGUUCAGCAAAUUCAACAAAACUAAACUCUGGUUCUCAAAAUAAAAACACAACCGUGAGGUUUGUAAACUCAGCUGCGUAUAUUGAGAAAUUUUCAGAAAUGACCUCAAGCAAUAAAGAAGAUAUUUGUCCUCUGGUCGAUACGAAGAAUAAUGACAUCGUGUCGUGCUUGGAGAAACCUACGAAUUAUGUUCCAGGGCUUACCAACUCAGCUGAAUAUAUUGAGAAAACUUUAGAACUAAUUCCAAACAAUAAAGAAGAGACUUGCACUUUUGUUGAUAUGAAAAAAAAUAUUUCCAGCUUAAUAACACCAAAAAGUCGUCUUCCAACGUUUCUAAAUUCAGCAGGGUCUAUUGAAAAGCGUUUAGAACCAACUUCAGGUAAUAAAGAAGAGACAUGCUCUUUUGUCAAUAUGGAAGAUAAUGAUAUUGUGUCUUCCUUGGAGAUAACAAUAAAUCCUAUUUCAAGAUUUGUAAACUCAGCUGCAUAUAUUAAGAACAUUUUAGAACCGACUUCAACUAAUAAAAAAGAGGUUAAUUCUCUUCUCAAUAUGGAGAAAAAAGACAUCAUUCCUCCCUUAAAGAUACCAACAAAUCGUCAACUUUCAAGUACAGCUUCAAGAUAUGACAGAGACAGGAAUAAAAUAUAUCGAGAGGCUAGAAAUCCUGAAUUGGCUUAUACACAGUGGCUAGAACAAAAGAACAAACUUUUAACGGACCGUACUAUUAAACAAAAACAAUUAGAGGAGGAAAAACGUAAACAUAAGGAAUUGCAAAAUAGUGUUUCAGCGACCAAAGUUCAGGAAUGGUUCAAUAAAAAAAAACAUGCUCAUUCCUUAAAGAAAAUUCAAGAGUCACUUAAGUUACUUACGGAUAUAAUUAAGAAAGAAAACACUAUUUUAAAAGCAAUGCAAUCAAAAAUCAAAUUUUUAGAAUGGGAAUGUAAUAAGGAAAGAGAAGAAAAACAAAAGCGUUUACUAAAACAAAUAGAAAUAAAUAAACAACGUAUUGAAAUAGAAGAGAGAAAACAAAAAGCAACUGAAGCAUGGGAAGCAUGGAUAACGAAAGCUGCUAAAAAACCUAAGCCCGUACCAUUAAAUAAGGGUCUUGACUCAUUACGUGGUGCAGUAUCUCAUAGUUAUGUUAAUCCAAAUCAGUGGCAAACAUAAGUUACUUACUAUUUAUAUAUCUUCGUAUUGUUGUCAGUUAAGACUUUAACUUUUUUCAAAUAUUAUCAUAAAGUUCA